AGUUGACCAUUUCGGUUCUAGUUUCUCUCUCGCUCAAUUUGUGAGAGCUCUUGAAGAAGGAAAAACAAUACCAUGCCGAUCUCGGAUGUCGCUUCUUUGGUUGGAGGUGCUGCUUUGGGAGCUCCACUUUCUGAGAUAUUUAAACUGGUAAUUGAAGAGGCCAAGAAAGUGAAGGACUUUAAACCAUUAUCCCAGGAUCUCGCUUCGACGAUGGAGAGAUUGGUUCCGAUUUUCAACGAGAUCGACAUGAUGCAACAAGGAUCGAACCGAGGUACGAGUGAGCUAAAGGUUCUGACCGAAACGAUGGAACGAGCUGGGGAAAUGGUUCAUAAGUGUUCACGCAUCCAGUGGUACAGUAUCGCCAAGAAAGCUUUAUAUACCAGAGAAAUAAAAGCAAUCAAUCAGGAUUUUCUCAAGUUCUGUCAGAUUGAGUUACAGCUUAUUCAGCAUAGGAACCAGUUGCAAUAUAUGCGUUCCAUGGGCAUGGCAAGCGUGAGUACGAAAGCCGACCUACUGAGUGAUAUUGGGAAUGAAUUUUCCAAGCUUUGUCUAGUGGCUCAGCCCGAAGUAGUUACUAAAUUUUGGUUGAAGAGGCCAUUAAUGGAGUUAAAGAAGAUGCUUUUUGAAGACGGAGUGGUUACCGUCGUGGUCUCUGCUCCUUAUGCCCUCGGGAAGACCACGUUGGUUACAAAGCUUUGCCAUGAUGCAGAUGUUAAGGAAAAAUUCAAGCAGAUCUUCUUUAUCUCUGUGUCAAAAUUCCCUAACGUGAGGCUCAUCGGACACAAGUUACUCGAGCACAUUGGUUGUAAAGCAAAUGAAUAUGAGAAUGACUUAGAUGCAAUGCUCUACAUUCAACAACUGCUGAAGCAACUUGGACGAAAUGGGUCUAUAUUGUUGGUUUUAGAUGAUGUUUGGGCUGAGGAAGAGUCCUUGCUACAAAAGUUUCUGAUUCAGCUACCUGAUUACAAGAUUUUGGUGACUUCUCGGUUUGAGUUCACAAGUUUUGGUCCCACUUUUCAUUUGAAACCCUUGAUAGAUGACGAGGUCGAAUGCAGAGAUGAGAUAGAAGAAAAUGAAAAGCUUCCAGAGGUGAAUCCUCCUCUUAGCAUGUGUGGUGGUUGCAACUCUGCGGUUAAACAUGAAGAAUCUGUGAAUAUUUUGGGUGUUCUUUGGCAUCCUGGAUGCUUCUGCUGUCGUUCUUGUGACAAACCAAUUGCUAUUCAUGAGCUCGAGAACCAUGUUUCAAACUCAAGAGGCAAGUUUCACAAAUCCUGCUAUGAACGGUACUGCUAUGUCUGCAAAGAGAAGAAGAUGAAAACGUACAAUAUUCAUCCGUUUUGGGAGGAAAGAUACUGCCCUGUUCAUGAAGCUGAUGGAACUCCCAAAUGCUGCAGUUGCGAAAGGUUAGAGCCUAGGGGAACAAAGUAUGGAAAGCUUAGUGAUGGUCGAUGGCUAUGCCUAGAAUGUGGGAAAUCCGCUAUGGAUUCUGAUGAAUGCCAGCCUUUGUACUUUGACAUGCGUGAUUUCUUCGAAAGCUUAAACAUGAAGAUUGAGAAAGAAUUUCCUUUAAUUUUGGUGCGGAAAGAACUGCUCAAUAAAAAGGAAGAGAAAAUUGACAAUCAUUAUGAGGUGUUAAUCAGAGCUUAUUGCAUGUCUGAACAGAAGAUCAUGACAUAUGUCUCAGAGGAGCCAAGGACGGGUCAGAACAAGCAGCUUAUAGACAUGGAUACGGAACCUCAAGGGGUUGUUCAUGAGUGCAAGGUCACUGCAAUUCUCAUCCUAUAUGGACUUCCUAGAUUGCUAACAGGAUAUAUCUUGGCUCACGAGAUGAUGCAUGCUUGGCUUAGACUCAAUGGACAUAUGAACCUGAACAACAUUUUGGAAGAAGGAAUAUGCCAAGUGCUAGGUCACCUGUGGUUGGAGUCUCAGACAUACGCCACUGCUGAUACUACUGCAGAUGCAGCAUCAGCUUCUUCUUCUUCUUCCCGCACUCCUCCAGCUGCUAGUGCCUCAAAGAAAGGUGAGUGGUCUGAUUUCGACAAGAAACUGGUGGAGUUUUGCAAGAAUCAGAUAGAAACAGACGAAUCACCGGUCUACGGUCUUGGAUUCAGGACAGUUAACGAGAUGGUGACAAACUCCAGCCUCCAGGAAACCCUCAAGGAGAUUCUUCGCCGGAGGUAAAGACGAUCCCAGAUUCAAAGUUAUGAAUUGCCAUACAAGACACGUCGACACAUACAUACCAAUACCAUAUACAUAUAGUCAUAUAUAUACAGAGCCAUGUUUUCAAGCUAUCACUUUUUUUCGGCGUUUCCUUCUUUUGGUGUGUUCUUUUAUUUAUUUUGGGAUUGCUGCUUCUAUGUUGCUGUGUGUAAACUGUUUCUUCUUCGUUUUCCCGUAAAGUUGGAACCUUUA